UCGCGCGAUACGCACGGAAUAACUGUGAAAGCUGUCAGCGGCAACAAAGAAAUCCACGAAAAUAAAACAAUAAUAAUACAAAAAAAUUAAAAACGGAAUUCGGUACUCAGAUUUUGACGUGAAACUCUGCCAAUAACUCCGGAAUAUGGUUCCUUAAAUAAUAUAUAUAAAAACAACGCGAAUCGUUAUUCCAAGUAAAGGCAAUGGACUAAAGCCGGCAAACCCAAUAAAAAGUAAAUAAGCAAAUAAUUCCAAGUGAAUAGUGAAAUACGAAACAGCACAUGCUGAAUGAAUAAAAUAAAUCUAUUUAUAUAUAGCUAAAGCAAAAUCAAAGAAAAUGAAAUGAGACUCACCAAAUAAACAUAAAUAUUAGAACAAACAAACCUUGCAAAAACCCAGUGAAAUCGUUAAAACGAAACAAAGGGCUCAGCGCCAGCGAAUAAACAAAUAAUAAAUCAUAAUGCACGUGUAUUACAAAUUUGGAUUACUGCUGAUAUUCUUGCUAAGCGUAAGCAUUAGCCACACGAAUGCCGCUCCGGCGGGCAGCGAGGAGGCAAAGCUAUUGCCCAACACCGAUGACGAUUAUGACUAUAAUGAUGAUGACUACAGUGACGAAACGACAGACAAGGAAGUGCCAGAGACGGCAGAAAAUAGACUGAUGCCAGAAUUAUCCUCCUCAUCGACCACAACUACAUUUCGACCAAUAUUUAAUAUACCACGACGCAGUAACCAUGUCCUGGAGCCCAGUUGUCCUCGCAACUGCCUUUGCCUGGAGGACUUCAAGUACGUUCAGUGCACGAACGCGCAUUUAACUCAUGUUCCCCUGGAUUUGCCCAAAACGGCGGCUAUUAUUGAUUUGAGCCACAAUGUGAUUGCCGAACUAAGACCCGAGGAUUUUGCCAAUCUCUCAAGAGCAGUGGAAAUCACUCUAAACCACAAUUUGAUCAGUAACAUAGACAAGGAGGUCUUCCAAGGCUCGGAGCGUUUGCAGCGACUGAGAUUGGCCAACAAUCGCCUUACCAAGAUCGAUCCCGACACCUUUUCCGCCGCCAAGGAGUUGAUACAGCUGGAUUUGAGCAAUAAUACGAUUACCCAGCGACUGGACGGCUCCUUCUUGAACCAACCGAACUUGGUCGAAUUCAGUUGCUCUAACUGCAGCUGGACGGAAUUACCGGAGCAGACGUUCGAAAACAUGAGUGCGCUGCAAGUACUCCGGCUGAACAACAACGAUUUCAAACAGCAAAUCAAUACGAGAGCUUUCACGCCGCUAAAAAAUUUAAUUAAACUGAAGCUGCCGGAGCUGGACCAGCCCAACAUCGAGGAGCUGUGUAACUUGCUCAAGUCCAUUGAUAACAUCAGCUUCCGGCACUUUGAUGUCAGCUGCUACGAGCUCGUUCUGGGCACCUCCUUCAACGAGAGUCUGAUUACGGCCACGGAUCCGCCGUUCAUUCGUAUUACGAAUCUGCCCACAUUAGCCACCAGCACAGCGAAGCCAGCCACCGGAACUCCAGCACCGCCACGAACGGCAACUCGCAAUCGGGGCAAAAUGGCCAACAGCACAGAUGUGGUCAAGGCCGGAAUCUUGAGUUCGGUGACCGAGAGCAACAGCGGGGACAGUGUGGAGACGUCCACCGAGAAGGAGAAGCCCUACCAGGUGCCCAUUUCCCAGGAGGCCAUCAACACGUUGCUAAUCUGCAUCAUGGCUUUGGCCGUGAUUGGCAUUGUCAUUGGCCUCAUUUGCCGCAAGGACAUUGGCGGCAUCAAAACCAAAUGCUGCCGCACUAGCAAACCAAAGGAGCCAAAGGAUCAGGUCCAUCCCACUGAGGAGAUACCAUUGAAUAAGCUAGCCUAAGAGAACUUUCCAAAACAACAACAUCCAGAAGAAAAGAAUCCUAUCCUCCAGUUUUCAGAACAAACCAAUUCCAUUUUGGCGGCAUUUUUGCUAGAUUAUAAAUAGAUCUAAUUGGAUAAUUAGUUAACUACUUUGAGUCGCCUUUAACUGACGUCACACCUAAUUGUAGUUUCUUCUCCAUUGUUCGUUCGCCCGCACAACCACCAGGAAGUUAAUUCCCAAUCCUUUUGUUAGAUUCUAGUUGUUAGUCGGAGUAGGUUAAGCUGCCUGCCUAGUCGCUUAGCGUUCUUUUCUUUAGGGGAGCUUGGGAAAUGGGAUCCCACACACACCAAAAACAUAUGGCACACACACCGCGCACACACACACUCCUGGCUCUGUCCUAGGUCUAGUUUCAAUAAGAAAAUUUCCAUCGCAACACUUAAAUUAAUGUAACACCUAGAUAACAUUAGUUCUUAGAGCUGACUUUAGCUAUAUAAAUGUAUAGACUUUUGCCAAAAUACAAUAAAAAUAAUUAUUGUAAAUAGUAA